AUGACUGUGGAUUACGAGAAGGACCCCAGGGCUAGAGAAGCUGUUAGUAUUUGGGAAAAGGGUGUAUUGAAAGAAAAAGAUGGGUCGAUGUCAGAUGCCAUAAACUUUUAUAGAAGUGCAUUGAAGAUCCAUGACAACGUAGAAAGAAUUUAUAGGAAAAAAUUGCACGAUGAGUGGUCAUUGCACAAAAAAUUGUCGGAAUUAUCCGUUCUUUCUGAAAGCUCAAAUGUCCAGGACACAGCAGAUAAAGACAGUGCUCGUGCUACUGACGAUGUCGAACUCCCCCCCUGUUGGAUUUUGGAAAUGCUGCCCAAUGAUAUUUUACUGAGAAUUAUCAAAAAGGUUGUGUUGAUGUCCGGUGAAUCAUGGGUAAAUUUGUCGAUGAGUUGUUCCACUUUCAAUAGACUUUGCUUCCAUGACUCUAUGCCUUUCAAAACCUUUGCGAAGUACAUAUAUCCCAAACAGAAGUAUGAUCAAAUGGCAAUGGACCUUAAUGGGAUAAGCAACGUAAGUAUGUUUGAACAAGAAAUGUGGCAAGGGGAUGAUAUCUGUAUGUUAAAGGAAAGACCAUAUAUCAAAUUUGAAGGUAUUUAUAUUAGUGUGGUAAAUUACCUGAGGUAUGGUUCCAAUGCAGAGGGCUCAUCGUCCCUUUUAAACCCGGUUCACAUGAUCACCUAUUAUAGAUAUCUGAGGUUUUAUGAGAACGGCCAAUGUCUAAGAUUACUCACUACAGAUGAACCUAGUUUUGUCGUGAAACAUUUUGCCAUAGAUAAUAAACCUAAACAUAGUGAUACGUGUUAUUGGAGUCUUGGGUUUGAUUAUAAUUUUGGUCAUUUGAAGAUUACAAGGUCAGACGAAAAAUAUACAUUUACUGAAGAAUUUCAAAUCAAGAAUCAAGACACUAAAAGGUAUCAAAAGUUGAAAUGGCUAAGUUCCACUGUUGUGGAUAAGGAGGGAAAUGCAUCUGAUUGUUCGUUGAGGAAUGAGAAAUCGUUCUAUUUUUCAAGAGUUAAAUCUUUUAAGGGCGUCAACGCAAAUCGGUGA